GAGGGGCGGGAGUAUCAUUCCCGUUGAUCACUGGAAGGAGGGGGCGAGGCUGAUAAGGAAGUGGGCGUUACCCAGGCGGUACCAACCCCCAGCAUGGAGAGGGUGUUCUGAUGGUUCCGGCCCGUCGGGUUCCCCAGGGAUUCCCUUGCACUGAGCCGGGGAUGGAGACGCUGAGCAGGAGUCAAGGAGAGCGGGCGGGGGAGAACCAGAGGCGCGCGGAGAUCGGACUUGCGGGGGAGCAACUCAGGCUGCGGCUGCACAAUGCCAAGCUGAUAAAGGACCGGUGCCAGGACACACGCACAUACCCAAACUGCCUGGUGGGCAAGGAACUUGUUGAUUGGCUGGUAGAGCACAGCGAGGCCCCUGACAGAGCGACAGCCGUGAGCAUCAUACAAAGACUUAUGGACUACAAUGUGGUGCACCAUGUAUGUGAUGAACACGUGGCAUUUAAAGACGCCAGGCUCCUGUAUCGCUUUCGGAACGAUGAUGGCACCCUGUCUCCCAGCAAGCAGGUGAAGAUAUGCGUGCGGGGCCAUCGCUUAUACGAGAUGAUAACCAGCCAGGAGGGAUCCAUACUGCAGGUUCGGGAGCAAGGCUCUGAGAGGUAUCGCCGGACCUUUCAUGGUCGGCAGAUUUUGGACUGGCUGCUAGAUCACGGGGAGGUAUCCAGCAGGGAGGAAGGAGUGAAGCUGUGCCGGGAAUUGCUGGAAUAUGGCAUCAUACAGCAUGUGUCCGGACACCAACACUUUUCCGACUCUGAAAUGUUGUUCCAGUUCACAAUUAAUUUCCAACGUAGGAGGAAACUGAUUGAGGUUCUGAGUGAGCCAGAUCCCUUCAUGGAUCCCAAGCAAGAAUCUCCCGACAGCCCUUUCUGCCUUCGCAAGCUUAGCUCGGAUCUCCCUCCUAACAGCUUUGUCUGCGUUCAGCAUAAUGAGCCAAAGAUUGUUCCUGCACCACGGAGGUGUGGUUACCAUUCUCCAGGUUCUGGAUCCAGCUACACAUACCUUUCCCCAUCUGUACCUCUUAUGACACCCCCAUCAGUGCUGAAAAAACCUGUAACGGUGGAGGAGUUGCUGUCCCCAGGAGCACCUUACACCAAGAAGAUUUUGAAUAUUAUGGGGGAUGAUGUUGGUUGGGGGUUUGUGAUCCGUGGGUCUGGUCCCUGUCACAUUCAAGCUGUUGACCCCGGAGGACCCGCUGCUGCUGCUGGCAUGAAGGUAUGUCAGUUUAUUUAUGCCGUGAAUGGGAACUGCUGCUUGCGCUACGACUGCCAAACAAUCAACCGACUCAUCGUGGCUGGACCACGGGCCCUUAUCCUUGAAGUUUUGGAGCCAUUCAGUGAAUUUGCCUUCCCUCAGGAGCUCUCACUUGUGUGGGGUUAAACAGCGAUCACUGCCAUUGUCAGUCCUCUUUGCUACAAGUGAGGAAAAAGUGCAAUAAUCAGCCAUUGGUGUUAUAUCACCAUAGAUCUCUGACUAUGCAGGUGUAUUUCAUCCGAAUAUGUGGAUGCUGACUGUAACAAUAUUUUGAGUGUCUGUAUCCAUGAACAGGUUUUUGGCUUGUACCAAAGAAUUCUUCACAUGUCAUUCAUGCCAAACCUAUAGUCGUGUAUCCGGACUUGUGUAACGGGGUGGGACUCUUGGUGCUGCUGAAAUAAAGAGAUUUGCUUUUGUA